AUGAAGGUACCUUGGCCGAACGCGUUUGCAGAUGGAGAUGUGGAGAAAUGGAUUCGCGAUUUUGAAUUAAUCACGUCAUGCAACGGAAUCAAAGGGAGUGCGCAUCUGGUCACAGUGUUGGGUGCACUGCUUUCCGGACGAGCGAGGGCCGCUUACGAUUUGAAUUGGGAAAGCAACCAAGCCCUUGAUUAUGAGAAUUUGAGAGCUGCGCUGGUGGCAGAGUUUUCAGAAGAGGGUGACCGCGAGAAGGCAAUGAACUGGUUUUAUGCUGCGGAGUACAACCGGAGUGAGGACCCGUUGGUGCACUAA